AUGGCAGUUGAUACCCCGGAGACCAAGUCUGUGGACGCGGUCUCGGCACCUGUCAAUGAAGACAUUCGCACUUCAUCGGAAGAAUCUAGCGAUGGUUCCGAGGGAAAAAGACCACCACCGCUUGCAGCAAAGUUAAUCGCAGUGGCACUGAUCUCGUGUAUUAGCUUUGGCUCACACUGGAGCUCUGGCGUGACGGGUGCUAUGAAGAGCACGAUCAAAAAGCAAAUGCAUAUCGACAAUGUUCAAUUUUCGCUCUUGGAAGCCAGCGAAAACUUCAUGGCCACAGUUCUGCUUUUGAUAAGUGGCGUGGUCACUGACCGAGUUGGCGGAGCUCAAAUGAUCGUUUACGGAAAUAUCGUCUAUACCAUCGGUUCUAUCCUCGUUGCUGCCGCCGCCACUGUGCGCUCUUUCGAUUUCAUGAUCGGAGGUCGGGUUAUCCUUGCACUCGGCGAUAUCGCUACCCAAAUCGCUCAGUAUAAGAUGUUUUCCUCUUGGUUUCCUCCUAGUAGUGGAUUUGCAUCCACAUUAGGCUUUGAGCUCGCUAUCGGCAAGAUAGGCGGGUUUGUUGGAAAGGCGACGGCCAAUGUCAUUGCAAAGAAAACCGGAAAUUUUGCGUGGGUCUUCUGGACCUCGGUGUUCAUGAAUCUCUUCACCAAUUUCGCUAGCGCAGGGUUCUGGUUCUUCAACGUGUAUUGUAAUCGCCAUUUCGAGGGACGACGCGAUAAAGCCACAAAGGAACAACUGACAGAGAAAAACAAAAAGUUCGAAUUUCGAAAGAUAUUUGAGCUCCCGUGGAUGUUCUGGGCUGUCAUGGGCUUCUCUAUAUUCCAAACGAGUGCCGCGACAGUCUUCAGUCAAAAUGCCACCGAGCUGGCCGAGAGGCGAUUCAAUGUCGAUUCCAUCAAGGCCGGGUGGUAUAGUUCACUUUCGCAGUAUGCAGGAUUCUUCCUCGUUCCCUGCUUGGGCGUGUUUAUUGAUGUCCUCGGCAACCGAGCAUCUGUCUUGUUUGUCUGCGGUCUGGGAAUGCUUCUGAGCAUGGUUCUCAUUAAUUUUGCAACAUCAACGGCAGGCACGGGAGCUGCAUUCGGCAUCUACGCCAUUGCUGUGUCCCUCGGACCAACCUCGGUCAUCGACAGCAUUCGCACCUCGCUAUGGCACCAAUCGGUCUUUGGAUCUGCGUAUGCAUUGAAGGUCACCAUGAACAAUGCUAUGAGCAUUAUAGUUCGGAUCAUCACGGGAGCUUUGCAAGACGCAGAUGACAACUCAUACCGCCGAGUGGUGCAGGUCUAUCUAGUUCUUGCUGCCGGUUCUCUGGUUGUCGGUGCGGCUAUCCUGAUCGGCUCGUUUUUGACCGAUAACCUGGCACCGCUACAGUGGACUCGUCACAAACGGUUGACAUCGGGCGCGGCUAUCAUUGAGCGGAUUCGAGAGCACAACUUGGUAACCAUGCAGCAGCGCACUCGGAAGAUCUCCAUAAUUUGCUUUGGCGCUCUGAUCUUGCUGACAGUUGGGUCGUGGGUGGCGUAUAUCUGGGGUGCGGUAACCGGCCAUAAUUCCUAG